GAUUGAACAUGAAUGGGCUCACUCACUCACUCACUCAUAUUCUCACCUGAAAACUCACUCAUAUGCUCACCUGAAAAGGCGAAGGCUUGGGAAAGUCGGCAAUCACACCAAAAGCCACAAUAAUCAGGGGUUAGAUUAGAAGAGGUGACUACCAUAACAUAACGUGUCUUGAUUGACUUGGUCGAAUUGAAUUCCACACUCCACAACAGAGUUCGAAAUCAAAAAUAAGAAUUGCUCCAUUGUUAAAAAGGGGUGUAAUCAGAAAAUUAUUAUACAAGCCAAACGCGAUUAAUAAUGGAUCAGAUUAGCAUUCAGAAAGGAAGAAUUGUGACCCUAGAAGAAGGGAAUGGCCUUGAAAAAAUAAUAGACAAAGUACAGGUUUGGAUGGCUCCAGUUGCGGCAGUUGUGGUUAUGGCUUGUAACCGUGCUAAUUAUCUUGAAAGGGCUCUCAAAUCUAUUCUAAAAUUCUCCAGACAUCAAAGUUCUGUUCCUUCAAAGUAUCCCCUUUUUGUAUCCCAGGAUGGAGAAGAUCCUGAUGUCAAAAGUAAGGCUUUGAGUUACAAUCAGCUAACCUACAUGCAGCACUUGGAUCAUGAACCAGUGCACGCCGAGAGGCCCAAGGAAAUGAUUGUAUACUACAAGAUUGCACGUCAUUACAAAUGGGCAUUGGAUCAAUUGUUUUAUAAACAUAACUUUAGUCGAGUUAUCAUACUUGAAGAUGAUAUGGAAAUUUCCCCUGAUUUCUUCGACUAUUUUGAGGCUGCAGUUGCACUCCUUGAAAGUGAUAAGUCCAUUAUGGCUGUUUCUUCAUGGAAUGACAAUGGACAAAAGCAGUUUGUGCAGGAUCCUUACAUGCUUUACCGUUCAGAUUUUUUCCCCGGACUGGGGUGGAUGCUGGCUAAAUCUACGUGGGAUGAACUCUCUCCAAAGUGGCCAAAAGCUUAUUGGGAUGAUUGGUUGAGGUUAAAAGAGACUCACAAAGGUCGACAGUUUAUCCGUCCAGAAGUGUGCAGAACAUAUAAUUUUGGAGAACAUGGUUCUAGUUUGGGCCAGUAUUUUAAACAAUAUCUUGAGCCAAUUAAGUUGAAUGGUGUUCAGGUUGAUUGGAAGUCAAUGGAUCUGAACUACCUGAUGGAGGACAAGUAUGUUAAGCACUUUGCUGACAUGGUUAAAAAUGCAAGACUUGUCUAUGGAACUGAUGAUGUUUUGAAGGAAUGUAAUAUAGAUUGUGAUGUGCGCAUUCAGUACAAAGACGAGACAGAUUUUAAACACAUUGCACGUCAAUUUGGCAUUUUUGAAGAAUGGAAGGAUGGCGUGCCAAGAACAGCGUACAAAGGAGUAGUUGUUUUCCGAUACCAAAGCCCAAAGCGUGUAUUCCUUGUUGGCCCAGAAUCUCUCCAACAUCUUGGGAUUUAACAUGCUUAGUAAUGAUUGAGGUUUAGUGAUUGCAAGUCAUAUGCAUUCAUAAUGCAAUCUUAAGUUAUUAUGUUUUGUAGAAUCAAUUUGGAACAGAGAUCUAGAGUAUAUAAAUGUUAUGUAUACUAAUGUCCAUGAAGGUCUCUUUUGUUGACGGAUUUAGUAAAUAAGUUAAUAGUUUUUGAAUAAAAAAUUAUCCUUAGAAUGAAAAAAGAAAAUAACAA